AAUGAACUUGGGAAUUGAUGCAUUUUGGUGGAGGUACGGUAUUGGGGGUUUGGACAUUGGGUGGGCGUUUUGAUUGUAGCAGCCAACUUGGGCGGAGUCGCAGUCUUCAUUUUCCCUCUAUCUCACCGUUCACCAUUCUCCACGGUGGCGUCUCGUUACGAUACUCCUUUACCCCAAGAAAUGGAUUGGUUAGGAAUCUGAUUCUGAUGCGUCUGCCUCCGAUCAAAUUUUCGUUCUAAAUACUCAGCUUAAGAUACCGUAUCUCAGCUCAUUACUUAUGUUUCUACUCUUUAAUUAAUAUUAAUUUUUUUUUAGCUUGGAUCGUGGAGAUUCUUCAUAAAUCUAAUUGUGGAGAUUCUUCGUGGACAAUUCCUUGUUUCUGCAGGUUCUCUUUGUCAAUUUUUGGUUUUUGAUUGUUGAGGAUGGUGCUGGUCUUGGCCCUGGGGGAUUUGCACAUACCCCACAGGGCGCCUGAUCUUCCUGCUAAGUUCAAAUCCAUGCUUGUUCCUGGCAAAAUUCAGCACAUCAUUUGUACUGGAAAUUUGUGUAUUAAAGAAAUUCAUGACUACUUAAAGACUCUUUGUCCGGACUUGCAUAUAGCUCGUGGUGAGUAUGAUGAAGAGACAAGAUAUCCAGAGACCAAAACACUGACCAUUGGCCAAUUUAAGCUGGGACUAUGCCAUGGUCAUCAGGUUAUUCCAUGGGGAGACCUAGACUCACUGGCAAUGCUACAGAGGCAGCUUGAUGUAGACAUCCUUGUCACGGGGCACACCCAUCAAUUUACAGCUUACAAACACGAGGGUGGUGUGGUUAUAAAUCCGGGUUCUGCCACAGGUGCCUACAGCAGCAUCACUUAUGAUGUGAACCCAAGUUUUGUCCUUAUGGACAUCGAUGGUCUGCGUGUUGUGGUUUAUGUAUACGAACUUAUUGAUGGAGAGGUUAAGGUUGACAAGAUUGAUUUUAAGAAAACAUCCACAAGCCACUCUGCUCAUUAAACAUUAGUGUUCUGUUCAUGGUCUCUAUCGUCCUUCUCUUUCUUAUUUGGUCUUUAGUUUCUUUCUCCUCCUUCAAACUUUCGAGGGCGUAAUGUUUUUUAGUUUCAUUUUGCUUUGUACACUUGUUGUAUUUGGCCAUAUCAUAGGAUUCUUAGGAUUUUAUUAAUUGGUGAUCUGUGCCAAACUUAUAUGACUAUUUAAUUAGCAAUGGCUUCGUAUAUUACUUUUACCAGUGAUUGGU